AUGGAACAGGUCCUGUAUGCCUUCAACAAUGCAACGGAUGCUCAGCGAACAUACAGAGAGGUGUCAUACCUCAUGGAGUUCGGCAGUCACACAAACAUCCUGUAUGUACAUGAUGUACUUGUUUCUGCUGAUGACAAGCACCUCUAUAUUGUCACAGACUUGAUGGAGUCUGACUUGUGCAAAGCCAUUAAGUGCAACUGCUUGGGCAUUGUGCACAAGUCUCUUAUCUCAUACCAAGUGCUCCGAGCUCUCAAAUACAUCCACUCUGCCGGAGUGAUGCACCGCGACUUGAAACCGGGCAACAUUUUUGUCGACAGGACCUGCCAGGUGUUGGUUGGCGACUUUGGCCUGGCGCGAUCCUCGCCUGUGGAUAACUCCUCCACUGACGGGAUCAUGUUGACUGACUACAUCGGUCCGCGCUGGUACCGAAGUCCGGAGCAGCUCCUAGGUGCAAGAUGCUAUUUCACCGCUGUGGACAUCUGGGCCUGGGGAUGCGUGGUCGCGGAGAUGCACCUGGGGAAACCCAUCCUCAAGGGCUCCUCGACAAUUGACAUGAUGCACAAUAUUGUCGAGCUCCUUGGCACACCACUGGAGGCAGAUGUCGACGCCAUGCAAGCCCAAUAUGCGCACAUGUCGCUUGGGCAGCUGCCAAUCUCGUUGCCUACCCUCGCCUUUGGAGAGAUCAUCCCAGACUGUUCGCAAGUUCUCUGUGAUCUUCUGGAGUUGUGUUUCCAGUGGAAUCCGAUGAAACGGCUGACUGCAGUGGAGGCACAGUCAGUCAUCUGA